UCUGUGCUGGGAAUUUGUUCAUCGGUCCACCCAUUUGCUUUGCAUUCUAUUUUCUGAUCACACUUCUUAUGUUCAUACCACUGCUGUUUGUGUCUGAGGACAAUAUCUAUCUUAGUAAUAGGCCUAUGAAAUUGUCUUUAAGAAUCUUCUUCACGUUUACUUAGAAUGGAAUACACCGCAGCAUAUGCGUCGCGGCUAUCGAUGUGGAAAGCCUUUGUCCUUUAUUCGUUCGCCGUUUCAUUAUGCUUAGGAGAUGUUCGUUAUUCCUUUCCAGAAGAAAUGAAGCGAGGGUCAGUGGUCGGCAAAAUUGCGCAGGAUUUAGUUGUCGAUAGGAAUACAUUUUCAUCACGGGAGCCAAGGAUUGAGUUUGAUGGAAAAAGACGCUACUGUGAAAUCAACGCGCAAAAUGGGGAAUUGGUUAUAAAUGAAAGGAUUGACCGAGAAGAGCUCUGCGGACAAAAACCUUUGUGCACAUUAUAUUUUGAUUUCUUCAUGGAAAACCCCCUUGAACUACACCGUGUAACUCUGGAGAUUCAAGACAUAAACGACAACAACCCGGCCUUCCCCCACAGUGAAGUAAAAUUAGAUAUCCCAGAGUCCGCAGAUAAAGGGUCUAGGUUUUCCAUAGACGAGGCUGCGGACCCGGACAGCGGAAUAAAUUCAGUACAAGGUUACAGACUCUCAAAUAACCCGCAUUUCAGUUUAGCUGUACAGACUAGUGCUGAAACUGGGAAAUAUGCAGAAAUAGUGUUGGAGCAUGAACUGGACCGUGAAAAACAAGACAAGCAUUCUCUUAUUUUGACAGCUUAUGACGGGGGCAAUCCUCAGAAAUCAGGCACUGUAGUUGUACAAAUCCGCGUUUUGGACAUUAAUGACAAUAAACCAGUUUUUUCUCAGCCAGUCUAUAAGGUGAGUGUCCCUGAAAACCUUCUGGUAGACUCAGUUGUGGUUACUGUGAGUGCCAGUGAUGCUGAUGAGGGAGCAAACGGAGAUGUUACUUAUGAAUUUAGUCAUAUGCCAGUGAAUGCAAAGUCUAUUUUUUCAAUAGACCCAGCAUCUGGUGAAGUAACAAUUAAAGGGCCAUUAGACUUUGAAGACAAUCCUUCGUUUGAGAUUCGGGUUAAAGCAAAAGACGGAGCUGGUCUAGCAGCCACUUCUAAAGUAGUGGUAGACAUCAAUGAUGUCAAUGAUAAUGCUCCCUUUAUAAUGAUUAAAUCUCUUAAAACGCCGCUUAUGGAGGAUGCGUCUGUGGGUACAGAAGUUGCCGUUAUAUACGUGCAAGACAAAGAUACAGAAUCUAAUGGAAAGAUUAAAUGUUUUAUUCAGCAUAACGAUCGCUUUAAACUAACACCAUCAAUUAAGAACCACUUUGCAUUGGUAACAGCGGAAGCGUUGGACCGAGAGAGAGAAUCUGAAUAUAAUAUCACGAUUACAGCUACUGAUGAGGGUUCCCCGCCCUUAACGUCAUCUAAAACUAUUAAAUUAUUUGUCGGAGACGUGAAUGACAAUCCUCCUGUAUUUGAGCAGCAGUCCUACAGCGCUUAUAUAAGUGAAAAUAACAAACCAGGCACUUCUGUUUGUUCUGUCAGUGCAAAUGACCCAGACUGGAGACAGAACGGGACUGUACUGUACUCUCUGGUUCCCAGUGAAGUCAAUGGGGUCCAAGUGUCCUCAUUUCUAUCUAUCAAUGGAGAUACAGGGGUGAUUCAUGCUGUAAAAUCAUUUGACUAUGAGCAGUUCAAAAACUUCAAUGUCAAAGUUGUUGCCAGAGACAAUGGAUCUCCACCGCUCAGCAGUAACGUGACUGUGAAAGUCUUCAUAACAGAUGAGAAUGAUAACUCUCCACAGAUAUUAUACCCUGUUCUUGAUGGAAAGUCUUUAAUGACUGAAAUGGUCCCUAAAGCGACUCUCUCAGGCUCUCUGGUGUCCAAGGUAAUCGCUGUAGAUGCUGACUCUGGACAGAAUGCAUGGCUGUCCUAUCAGAUUGUCAAAUCUACUGAUCCUGGACUUUUCUCCAUUGGUCUCCACAGUGGAGAGAUCAAAACACAACGAGACAUUUCUGAAUCUGACAAUAUGAAGCAGAACCUUGUUAUUUCAGUGAAGGACAGCGGUCAGCCAUCUCUGUCAACAACCUGUGCUGUAAAUUUACUAAUUUCUGAAAACCUUUCUGAAGUUCCUGAACUUAAAGAUAUGACUUAUGAGGACAGCAACUCUAAACUGACGUCAUAUUUGAUCAUUGCAUUAGUUUGCGUGUCCACCUUCUUCCUGACGUUCAUCAUACUGAUCGUGGCAGUGAAGUUUUGUCACAGGAGAAAGCCCAGACUGUUGUUUGAUGGAGCAGUUGCUGUUCCCAGCGCCUAUCUCCCUCCCAACUAUGCGGAGGUGGAUGGAGCAGGAACUCUCCGCAGCUCUUACAAUUAUGACGCGUAUCUAACCACAGGCUCGCGCACAAGUGACUUUAAGUUUGUGAGCUCUUAUAAUGAAAACACGCUUCCUGCUUGUGGGACUCUGAGAAAGGAGCACAAUAUUCAAUUUGGAACCAACAUGAUAACACUUGAUGUUACACAAAAUGAAGAUGAGGUAAGAGAGGCUUAACUUUGAAUAUUUUUUACAGCUGUUUGCGUUGAUUAUGUAUUUUGAAUAGCAUUUCCAUUGCAGCUACUUUAGGCGGUUCUUGUUUAAACAUUCUUGGGGAGCAUAAUUCAUGAGAACCUCACACUUUAUAAUUGUGUAUUAUAUUUCUAUCAUCCCUCUAGUAUUUUUAUUGUUAUUUAUUUUUAUCUUUUUAUUUUGUUAUUUUUUUGCUCAGAACAAGUCUAGUGAACCAGAUUACUGGUUCAUCAAAUUUUGAUCUCAUGAAUGUGUAUACUGUCUGCACCUAUUUAGACUUUUUGGUCGUGUGAUGGACGAGAAUGUUGCCUUCAUCAAAUAUGACAAUACAAUGGUCUACUUUUGAGGCAUUUAUUUAUCUUAAUUUUUCCUUAUUGCAUUUUGUUUAUGACCACUGCAGGCCCAAUUUUUAUUUAUUUAUUUAUUUAUUAAGAAACGUAUUGAAUAAUAUAACAUUUAUUAGUAAAAAUGUGUAUUUGAGCUUUGCACGAAUUAACAGCUUCAUGGCAUUUUGAUACAAGAUUUUUGAUUAUUUAUUUUUUUUUUUCACUCUGAGGUCGAUAGUAAAAUGUAUAAAAUUUAAAACCUACUAAAGAACUAAGUUUAUUUGAACUGGUGAAAAAAAAAACAUUUAUUACUACAACGGAUUUACUUAUUUAUUUAAUAUAAACUCAGUGUUGCAUCACUUUUUUUCUCAUACAGUUUGUCUUUGAGUUUAGCUAUUAAUUUUUAGCACCACAAACAUGGACACCGUCAGCAUUGACUGUUGUAUAUUUUCUCAGAAGACGUGACCGCUGAUACUUUUUUCCCUGUAUAAUUUUUUUUAAAGUAAAUAAAUAUUGCAAAAUAGCACCCUUUGGGAAACAACAACAACAAAACACAACGGACUUAUUCUGGUCCAUACCCGUC